AUUCAUUUAUAACCUUCGCGCAUUGAUCCAGCUCGUUCGCAAUACUCAAGUGGAACGACGACGACAGUCGCAAUAAUGGCAGACGAGACGGCCAAUCAAGACGCCACUCAUAUUCUUUCAGAAGAAUCAUCUACGGUUAAGAAACCAGAGACGAAUGGCGUCCAGAAGCGCGCGACAGUCGUGCUAGAUCAGCCACAAAGCAAUGAACAUGAUCACGAGCCAGACAGCGACGACCCUCAAGAAAUGGAAGAUGAGCAGGAAGGCGAGGAGGACGAUGACACCGAUCUAUUGCAAGACCUCCCAGAUGACACAGACGACAUCUCACUCAUCCACGCACAACUCCAAACACUCCAAUACCUCCGUCUACAACGCUUCGGCCCCUCCCUAAAACGCCUCUGUCUCCGUCAAAACCAUCUCACCUCACUCGAUCCGGAGAUAUUUCAAGCACUCGUCGAGCUUGAGGAAAUCGACUUUUAUGAUAAUAGGCUGAAAGGGAUCGGUGAUGCGCUUGACGCGUGUUCUAAACUAAGCAUUAUCGACUUGUCGUUCAACCUACUGCGGUCUAUACCUGAUCGUCUCGACCGUUUCCCUUCCCUCCGCACGAUCUACUUCGUGCAGAACCGGAUCUCGCGUAUCGACGGCUUGUCGAGCCUCGGUGCGACGCUUGUAAGCUUAGAGCUCGGUGGAAACAAAAUCCGAAAAAUCGAAAAUCUAGAAGCUCUAAUAAACCUAGAAGAACUCUGGCUCGGGAAGAACAAAAUCGCAAGAUUAGAGGGACUAAGUACCCUGCAGCGGUUAAAAAUCCUAUCAAUACAGUCCAACCGAAUUGAGAAGAUCGAAGGGCUUGAAUUACUAUCAAGCCUUGAAGAGUUUUACAUUAGCCAUAACGGCAUAAAGCGCAUUGAAGGGUUAGAGAACAACAAGAAACUACGCGUCCUCGACGUCGGAAACAACUACAUCGAAAAGUUAGAAGGACUUGAGGGACUUGACGACCUAGAAGAACUCUGGGCAUCGAAUAAUCGCAUCACGACACUACUAGACCUCGAACCUCAACUAGGCAAAAAGGAAUCAUUAGAAACUGUAUACCUGGAGGGAAACCCAGUACAACAGCCGGAAGGAACAGCAUAUCGGCGAAAGAUUAGUUUAGCGUUGCCACAGUUGAAGCAGAUAGAUGCUACCUAUGUAAAACAAGUGUGAUCGAAAUGGAGCGGAUUUAUUUAGGUAGCGGUAGUAAUUGUACUUGGUUGAGACUGCUGUAUUUUGCAUGUUGAUGUUCCUUGUAUUGCUCUGUGUGUGUGGAUUGCAGUCUUAUUUAUUACUUCCAUUUACACUUCUUACUGCUCGUUAUAGCUUGUCAACCGCAAUGAAAUUUCUCCUAAAC